AUGUCUUCGGCCCUAGAUGAUGUCUUCUCAUUCGUCCUUGCCCGACGUCAAUCCCGCGGCCUUCUCCGCCGCCUGACAACGCCAACCCAACAAACACCCCUCGUUGAUUUCUCGUCCAACGACUACCUUUCGCUCUCUUGCAAUCCUGACCUCAAACGCAGCUAUAUCUCGCGCCUACAAACAUCGGGAGAAGAAUUUGGCCUCGGAUCUGGCGGCUCGCGUCUCCUCGACGGGAACACGACGCUUGCCGAGACGCUCGAGCAGACCCUUGCCGAAUUUCACGGCGCGGGCGCUGCCUUGCUUUUUAACUCGGGUUAUGAAGCCAACACAGGCCUUUUGGCAUGUGUGCCACGCGCUGGGGAUGUCGUUGUUCUCGACGAGCUCGUGCAUGCGAGUGUGCACGCGGGUGUAAAGCUGUGCAGGGCGGCGCGAGUGGGCAGUGCUAGAGACCAGGGAACAAAUUUGGAAAGUCUUUCUGGUGUCCUCCGAGCCACUACGGGAGGUGAAGAUGGUAGAGCCGUCAGAGAGGGGCGAAAACAUGUGUUUAUCGCUGUCGAAGCUGUCUACAGCAUGGACGGUGACCUCGCCCCCCUUUGCGACAUCGUUCGUUGUGUUGAGCAGUAUCUACCCCUAGGAAACGGCCAUGUGAUUGUUGAUGAAGCACACUCAAAUGGUUUGUUCGGCACGCGCGGUCGCGGGCUUGUCUGUGAGCUCGAUCUUGAAAGUCGUGUGUGGGCCAGAGUUCACACGUUCGGUAAGGCCUUGGGCUGCUCUGGAGCAAUCGUCCUCUGUUCGCCAGUCACCCGGCAGUAUUUGAUCAACUACGCCCGCACCUUGAUCUACACAACAGCGAUGGGCUUCCCUGGGCUGGCCAGCAUACAAGUCGCGUACGAGUUCAUCACCAGCGACCAGGCAGAGGCUUUACGACGUCAUUUGCAGGGCCUGAUAGAGUAUACACGGGCGCGAUUAUCACAGCUGUGCCUAAAACGAAACGCAUCGGCUGAGGUGAUCAGGAUUCACCCAGGCUCCAUCCAAUCGCCCAUUAUCCCUGUUUUCGUGAGGCAGGCGAGGAGUCUGGCGGAGCACUGCCAGGGCAGAGGAUACAUGGUACGUGCGAUCGUGGCGCCGACAGUGCCCCAGGGGACCGACAGGGUGAGAAUCUGUCUGCAUGCUGGAAACACGAUUAAGGAAUGCGCCAAACUGUGCGAAGCCAUCGAGGAAUGGGUCUCCAGCCAGCAAAACCCGACGGCGGAGACCAUGACAAUCCCAGAGACAGUGCUUCUGACUGGGCAUGCUAUCAAGAACAAGCUUUAA